AUGUUACCAAGAGAGUUUGUGGAGUAUGUCGGUCACUGUCCCGUAAAACCUUGUGCGGACCUUCGUUACUAUCGUCUCUGUCUACCGCCUAGGCUGGUUCCUCAGUACGACAGACAGGCUGGCUUGCGGUACGAGGCGGUACGGCCAGGAAAAGUGGUGCCAGACAAAGUCAUACUAAACGACGAGAUGAUGGGGGAACACACGAUGGUGGGGGACCACAAGAUGGUGGGGGACCACAAGAUGGUAGGGGACCACAAGAUGGUGGGGGGUGAUGUAGUUCUCAACAUCCCUUCAAAUGACGAAGGGAAGGGUCCGUUGGAAAUAGCUCUAGUCAGUUGGUUACCGAAGGAGUACGCUACUUAUAUGGCUCCCGCUGGACUCUCCUCAAAAACGGUAUCCAAUAAAUCGAAUUUAAAUUUGAUCGGUAUGGACGCUGCAUCAGUCGCCUGUAUCUGGGCCCUCGAUGUGCAUUGGGAUGACCAUUGUUUAGAUCUGUGUGCUGCUCCAGGUGGUAAGGCUAUGACGCUUGCAGAUAGGUGUCAGCGUGUAGUUGCGGUCGACAUUAAUAAACAAAGAUUAGAUGUAAUGAGAGGAUUAAUUAGUCGAACUGGGUAUUCCAAUAUCACACUACUUAUCGCUGACGGUACAACAUUUGAUCCCUCUGAUUCGACAACUUAUGAAGGCUAUGUACGUCGUCGAAAAGCAAAACGAAAUUCACGUGUGAAGCAAAAUUUAAGAGUGGGCAAUAACUGGAUUAAACAUGUGGCACCAGAAAAACCACCAAAGAAAGAUAGCGUAGCUCACCAGAACAGAGAGACUAGCGUCAUAGACGUCGUCGGCAAGGUGGAUAUUGGCAAGGUGGAUAUUGGCAAGGUGGAUAUUGGCGAAUGUAAUCGUGGACCAAUCCAGACUUGUUUCACGAAGGUAUUGGUUGAUGCCGAAUGUACGCACGAUGGAUCCUGGCGUCAUUUAGCAAAGUAUGAAGAUGAGGAAACGUUCAGACGGAAGGUUAUGGAUCCUGAACGGUUAGAUACCUUACCGGAAUUACAGUAUAGAUUAAUAUGCAAUGGAUGGCGACUGCUGGAUAAGGAUAGUCCUGGAGCUGCCUUGGUGUAUUCUACGUGUUCGCUAUCUGCAAAGCAGAACGAGGAUAUUAUUGAUCGUUUCAUUAAGGAGCAUUAUAAUGAAGCGAAACUUGAUAUUCUUCCAUUUGGUCCGGAUGUACCUUGCAAAUAUAUCUCUGUGGAUGCCACUUCUCCUGUUUCCGCUGCAUUGUUCGGAACGACCGGAGAGACCAGCGGCCUAUUCUUGGUUAGGAUAAUUCCAAGAGAAAGGAGUGAUCGUUACUCGUGA